AUGUCUCAUCAAAGUGGCAUUCAAGUUUCCGAGGAUCUCGCAAAGACCUUUGCUGAUGCAGUUGCCACGGGAAAUACUCGUUCCAUUCGUAUCUCCAUUGUGAAUGAAUCCUUGGAGACCACGGGAACGACACCAGUUGAGUCGAGCCUGGAGCAAGAUUAUACCAAGAUCACAAACUUUUUUGAACCUGUAACGCCUGCCUAUGUGCUCGUACGUUUGGAUGAGAAGGAUACCAAGGGUGGCUACAACUGGUUGUUCUUGUGCUACGUCCCCGACAACGCCAAAGUCCGCGACAAGAUGCUUUAUGCGUCAACAAGAGCUUCAUUGACAAAGGGACUCGGCGAUAGUCAUUUCACUGAUAGUGUUUACGGCACAACAGAGGCUGAGCUGAAUUGGGAUGGCUACAAGAAACAUCUUGCUCAUAAGAAGGCUGAUGCUCCUUUGACACAACGUGAGCGUGAAUUGGCAGAGAUCAAGUUGGCUGAAGCCAAAGCUGUAUCCGAUUAUCAAGGAACUACCACUCGCAAGACAUAUGCCCCAGGUAUCACGUUCCCCAUGGCCGAUAAUGUGUUGGAAGCGCUUGGCGAUUUGAAAAAGAGCAAAGAUGAGCGUGCACAUAACUUCGUUUCCUUGUACCUGGAGAAGGAAACGAUUGAAUUGGACAAGGCGGAUAAUGUGCCAGCAAAUCAAGUUCACUCUACCCUUGCUGCAGAUGCCCCACGUUUCACCUUUUAUUUGCUUGAACAUAAUGGCACCGAGAGCUUAGUCUUCAUCUACACUUGCCCAUCGUCUUCCAAGAUUCGUGAACGCAUGUUGUAUUCAUCCUCAAAGGCAAAUGUCAUCAAUGCAGCUGAUAGCCAGUUGGAUCUUAAGGUGACGAAGAAGCUUGAGACAAGUGAUAUUGCGGAUCUCACCGAGGAGUAUCUUGUGGAAGAGGUGUCUAGUGCUACCAACGCAGCCCCAGCUCAAGGCAUUGUUGGCCAGCGUGUGCAAAUGUUGAGUGGUCAACGACAAGGCCAAUUCAGUCGACCUAUGGCCCCAGGAAGACGACGACCCGUAGCUAAUACCACUACAGCUCCUGCAAGCCAAGAUUAG